GCCCCCCACCCGCACCCCAUUCGCUUCGGGAGUGGGGCGGUCAGGGAGGAGGGCCCAGCUACCCUCUGAUGCACACACACAGACAGCAGCCACGCGCGGGCCACCGAGAGGGCGAGGUUGGCACCCCCGCCCCCACCCCGCCCUCCCGCGGGCUCGCACGCCCACAGUCCCCGCCGCUGCCCGCUCCCUUCUCACGCCCGGGACGCGCCUCGCUCCCGCAGCUCAGCCCCGCGAGCUCCGCGUCUGCGCCGCCCGCCCGGGCCGGCUGGGUCACAGCCGGAGAUGGAAGCCGGGGAGCCCCGGGAGCCGCGCGAGCCCGGGCUGGGGGCAGAGAGCGCCGCGGCCACGGCCAUGCGCUGGGAGGAAGCCAACACUUUCUGCGGCAACCUCACGCCCAAGAAGACACCCAAAUCGCCCAAGCCUCAGAAUGCAGUCACCAUUGCCGUGUCCUCCCGAGCCUUGUUCCGCAUGGACGAGGAGCAGCGGAUCUACAUGGAGCAGGGCGUGGAGGAGUACGUGCGCUACCAGCUGCAACACGAGAAUGAACCAUUCAGCCCUGGGCCGGCCUUCCCCUUUGUGAAGGCUCUGGAGGCGGUGAACAAGCAGCUUCGAGAACUGUACCCCGACAGUGAGGACAUCUUUGACAUCGUCCUUGUAACCAACAACCACGCUCAAGUGGGUGUCCGUCUCAUCAAUAGCAUUAACCACUAUGACCUGUUCAUCGAGAGGUUCUGCAUGACAGGUGGGAAUAGCCCCAUCUGCUACCUCAAGGCCUAUCACACCAACCUCUACUUAUCAGCUGAUGCAGAAAAAGUUCGAGAAGCCAUUGAUGAAGGGAUCGCAGCCGCCACCAUCUUCAGCCCCAGCAGGGACAUGGCUGUGUCCCAGAGUCAGCUGCGCGUGGCCUUCGACGGGGACGCUGUGCUCUUCUCGGACGAGUCGGAGCGCAUCGUCAAGGCCCACGGGCUGGACAGGUUCUUCGAACAUGAGAAGGCCCAUGAGAACAAACCCUUGGCCCAGGGACCCCUAAAGGGCUUUCUGGAGGCCCUGGGUAGGCUGCAGAAGAAAUUCUACUCCAAGGGCCUGCGGCUGGAGUGCCCGAUCCGCACCUACUUGGUGACGGCGCGCAGUGCAGCCAGUUCUGGGGCCCGGGCGCUCAAGACCCUGCGCAGCUGGGGCCUGGAGACAGAUGAAGCCCUGUUCCUUGCGGGCGCGCCCAAGGGCCCCCUCCUGGAGAAGAUCCGCCCUCACAUCUUCUUUGAUGACCAGAUGUUCCACGUGGCUGGGGCUCAGGAGAUGGGCACAGUGGCCGCCCACGUGCCCUACGGGGUGGCACAGACACCCCGGCGGACUGCGCCUGCGAAGCAGGCCCCAGCUGCACAGUAGCCGAGCCCACAGUGCUCCAGGCACAGCUCCCUGUCGCCCUCCCACAUGCCGCCCACUGGACCCUUCUCGGCCCACCGCACUGCCUUGCUGCAUGUCUGCCCUCAUCCCUGGGAGGGAGGCGCUGGUACGCAACUCUGCAGACUGGGCCGGCACCUCACCAGCCUCACUGGGGGCCCACACUGUGCCAUGAUGCUGGCUAGGGAACUAAGACCCUGGCUGGAUUUCAGGGGAAGUGGAUGGAGGGUCAGAGGAGCCAGGAUGCCUCAAAAGGGCUUUGGGGUGAAAACCAGCUCGGUGUCGUGCCAAGAACUCUGCUUUGGGGGAGAAGAGAUCUGGCCUCUAAGCUCGAUCCUGGCAUUAACGGCAUAACUCUGAGCGAGUCCCUCCUUUUCAUGGGGUUCAGGUUCCCCAUCUUUUAGGUGGUUUUCAGAAUCGCCUUCAGCUAAAGAACUUGGUUUUCUAAGGUUGCCCUCUUUAAAGGAAGCAUUCUGUGCCAGGGCUGGCACUGGUCUGCACGCCCCUUUGCGCGGGUUGUGGAAGGAGGCUACAGUGAAUUAUGAAAAGAAGGCCCUUCCUCUGGCGGGCCACACCCACGCGGGGUGCACAGUCACAUUAGCAGGAUAUAAGCGGGGUGUCAGCCCCCUUGGCUCCUCAGCCCAGAGGCCUUUGUCAGCUGGGCAAAAUGCACAAUCGUCCACAGCAGCCCUACCUAUAAUUUUACACAUCUGGAAACCACUGGGCAAGAUGACCCAUUUGCUGCCCAGGAUCCUCUAAUCUGAGUCAUCAGGGGCAGCUGCCAGGCCUGCCCCAUCUGGGAAAGGAAUGGGGGAGUGAAUUAAACCUGCAUGCAAACUCUGGUGUAGCCAGCAGGGGGCACUGCAGGCACUUCCUGGGGAGCCGCUUUAGUAGCCGCCUGCCCACUGCUUCCUUUGCUUUUGCUCUUAGCCAAAGCUCAGCUGUUCCCGCCUGCCAACCCCUUCACCUCACUCCCUCAAUUAUUGUAUCCUGCUGUGUCGCCAAGCAGCCCUGCCAGGGGGGAGUACUGGGGUUUACUGUGUGGACCCAGGCUGAAGGGGGAGGCUGUCCAGGCUGAGAUGAUGUGGGAUGUGUGAGGAGGUCUGGCCUGCGGCAGUGACCCGUUAGAGAGGAAGGAGCUGAGAUUGCACUGGAAGAUUCCCCCGCUAUGGGAGUGUGAGUGGAGGUGAUGAGCUCCCCGUCACUGGGAUGCUGUGCAAGGGAUGCCCUCUGAGGUACACCUGUGAACCUCCACCCUGGCAGGAGCCCCUGCAGCCCCUUCGUCACCACUUCCGGGGCAGAAUUCUCACUGCCUGAUGGCAGCCUCCUCCCUUGUGACCAGCCGUGCUCUCUGCGGGGGUGGUGGCACCAAUGGCUGGCCCCUCAGGAAGACCCAGAGGUGUGAGCAGACAUCUGUAUGGGGGGCUGAUUGCCCGGCUCCUGGGGGGCAGUCCUAGCUGUGAGCAAGCAGUUUGUGAAGAAAGCCAAAGGUACCAGCACAGUGGGCAGGAGCCUGGAGGUGUGUGUGGGAGAACUGGAACACUUGUGGGGGCAGGAGAAAGGAGUGAAGAGCCAUCAGGGGCCUGACCUUUGUCCUUUCGAGGACUCAGCUCACGGUCUGAAUGGGCACAGAUUCUGGGUAGUGUAGGGCGGCCAGUAGCUGCAGAAAGAUCACCAGGAAGGAGGAAAGAGUAAGCACCCAGAGGUGGUUCUGUAUUGGAGCAACAGUUUGGGCCAGAAUCGAAGUGCUCGGCUGAGCUUUUGCUAUCGGCUCCUAGAGGCUGGUCCCGCGGGCGAAGGGCCAGGCUGUGCCGAGUGCUCCGGGCAGAUGCCCAGCACUGACUGCCUGACCAGUGGAUGAAGAUGUCUUUGCACGAGUUCAUUUUCAUGCGGUCAGGACCUUUUCGGGCAACAGAGGAGGCCUCAGGGCAGAGCGUUUGGUUUUGAGCUUCUUCCUCUACCCAUGCUCCAAGCCCAGCCAUGGAUACCGUGAGACCUAAGAGGGAAGGAGGAGGUCAGUGAGCUCAACCCAAGUCACCUUUGAUCUUGGCUGAACCACAGAAACAUCUGCUCACCACCCCUCGGGUCAGAAUCACCCCCUUGGAUGAGCCUCCAGGGCCCCAGAACCAGCAGGCGUUAGGCUGCGUGACCAGGGUGGACAUGUGCACUGUGAGGACAGCACCAGAUGUCACCUAAUUAAGAUAAACCCCAGGGAUUCUGGGAGCCAAGAAGUCCUGCCCCCAGGACCUAAUGAUAAACACCAAUGAUUCUUCUAGGUCUGUUUUCCUUCUAAGCAGGAAAAUAGGAUGCUGGAAGCAAAAGAUAAGGUGCAGUAAAAGCCUGGAUUUCACUGGAGCCACCAUUAAUAGACAUAGACAGCCGUGGGCCAUGAGAGACAGUCGGGUCCAAAUUCUAUUAUUGCAACCAUAAAUGAGCAUCUUGGGCCUGGAGAGAGAGCUUUCAGAGGCUGGAAUAAAAGGCCAGACGUUCUGAGGGCAGGGCAGGCUCGUGCAGCAGCCAGACACACCUGAUUGUUUCACAGGUGAGAAGGAGCAUUCAGCAGGCAAAUUAAAAAGCCAGGUGAGCACCAAAGCCGCAGGCCCAGCCUGUUCUGCAGCUAGGGGGGGUGGGGGUGGGGGUUGGUGGGAGAGCACAGAGACCACAGCUCCUGGCAUGCUGGACCCCUGUUGCCAGAAGCACCGCAGCCCAGCGAGUCCUGCAGAACUUGCCCGGGGAAAUGCUUGCCAACAAAAUGCCAGGCCCGUUGGAAACUGCCACUUAGCAGAAAAACAGAAGCCCUGUUACUAAGCACUGAGACUGCUAAGAUCGUUGCCAAACAGCCCCCUCCCCUUCCUGAGAGCCCAAAGAGAAGGUGGGGACCUAGCAGAAAUGCCAGGAGACACCAAAACCAGCAAGAACUUCAAACCCAGGAUGGAUCUGGCAUUGUAAUGACGUUCAGCUGGCAUGCACCAGUCCAGACAUUUCUUAAAAUAUGGAAAUGUGUCCGUGGCCGUUGGUAAAGAGCUCUGGCCGGGUUCCCCGAGUGCCCCCGAGUGGCCUCAGUUGUCCUGGCCACUGUGACUGCUCCCUGUUCCCACGAUCCAGUGAAAGGGGCUUCUUAGGAGGCGACUGGAGGCGGCUCCAGCGCGAUGGCCAGUGCGCCGCUUGGUGGCGCCCGUGCCGGUUUCGAGAAGGAAAGCGACUUGCCCAGUCACAUAGCUAGUGAGCGGCAGGCAGCACAGGGACUCAGGCUGACAUUGGGGCCAGGCUCUGAGCCAUUUUGCCGCAUGACCCACACAUGUGCAUAGAGAGGGCAAUAGAAGCUUCAUAACAGAGGAGUUCACCUGCCAGUCCUUUAAUAUAUUGGUCUCCUGCAUGUUGAAAUGCUUAAUACACUGGAGUGGGUACAUUUUGGUUACAGCUUCCUAAGUAGCUAAGAAGAAUUGAUAUUAAAGCCAAACAUUUGCAGAGCCCUUGGAGCACCUCAAACAACCCCCAAGUUCUGAGGAACCCAGUUUGAAGACCCUGCAUUGGGCUAAUGCAGGGUUGGGAAACCAUGGCUCCUUGGGCCAACGAGAGCCCACUACCUGUUUGUUUUGCUUUUUUAAACAACAAAAACCUUUUACUAGAGCACAGCCAUUUCUAUUUGUUUAGGUGUAUGUGCGGCUGCUUUCACACUACAGCAGCAGAGCCGAAUUAUUUCAACAGAGAGCGUGGGGCUGAAAAUAUUUAUCUGCCUUUUACUGAGAAAGUUUGCUGACCCCCAGGCUAAGGCGAACACCCCCAGCCUGCUCUUCCGUGGGAAAGACCUGCUCUCAUGCACCUAAGCACUCAGAGGCAGAGGCUGGCUCCACUGCCCAGGGGAAAGCAUGUGGGGGUACGUGCCCACCUGUGGGCAUUGUUGGGGCUGUGGAGUCUCAUGGGUACUAGCUAAGUGCCUCGAUGUUAAACACAGCAGGCCCUUGUCCUCUGAGAAGUCAAGAGUUCAAGUUUGACUAUUUUCAAGUGACCCCUGACCCGUUGUAAUUCAAAAUGUGGUUGAUGCGCAGAUUUGACCGAAGUGUGCCCUGCCAAGCUGAUGGGUGAGGGGCAGGAGCAGGGCCCCCACCCCCCCACCCCCGUCUAGGGCUAAGCCCAGCUAGCUGUCUAGCAUCUGCUCAGGGUAGUUUUGUUGUUCUUGAUUUGUGAUUGCCCUCAUGAGGCCACUUGGGAAUGAGCAGUGCUGGAAGAUGGAGGACUUUUGGGUAAAGUGAAGUGCCCACUGUUGGCUUCAGUGCUCAGAUCUCACAGGGCAUCCUCUGCUCUCGGGGGAAGCAAGGGCAAGCUCUUCACAAGGACAGUCCUAGGAAGGGCUUUAGCUGGCUCAGGAGUUCCUGAUCUAGUGAGAGAGAAAACGCCAGCGAACUGAGGAAUGGCAGUGCUUGUGCUGUGAGGUGUGGGCGAGAACACACACACCCUCACGGUGGAAUGGCGUAGCGGGAGGAACCUGCCGAUUUAGGGGUUUACAGAGGCUCCAGGACCCACGGCAAGAAUGGCAAGUGUGGGAGCCAUGGUUGCCGUCACUGUUCCAUCGUGACACUCUUCUCUGCUGAGCCCAGACUCGGCCUCAGAAUCCUCUCAACCCAGCACGCCUGGCAGCAGCGACCAGUGGGUUGGAGUGGGCAUGAAAGUCGAAAACGUAUUUUGCCAUCCCCAUUGGAUAUUGCUAUGGAUGGGGCAUGCAAGGCCCUGAAUGCUUAUUUUCAGAUGUUGUAGUUCGACUCUGAGAUGACCGCGAUCACAUCCCACUUGGGCAGAAUACAAAGCGGGAGAAUGGCCGCCUGUAGUUGGCGGCUGCUUAGGUGUGUCUGAGAUGCAGUGUCCUUGGUUUCACCUUCUGCAAGCAAAGUACAAACACCCCUCCCGCCAGUAGGUGGCACUGCAGGCCCGCACUCAGCUGCUUGUGGUAGUAAUAGCGGUUUUAUUUGCUGGUUACUUUUCUCUCCUUCCACGGGACUUGGUGCUGUGCUGCACUCUGGUGCUUUAGGUGCUCUGAAAAUGUGUGUCAAAUGUAGCUGCCUGAUGAGCUAUUUGCUUUUACCAGCAAACGCCAUGAUUGUGUGUAUGGACACACUCAAUGUGUAUCCCAGGAUGAAAACUGUGCAUUGUAUGCAUGUUUAUGAGGUGUGUGUAAUGGGGUCAGAUAUCUCUGCUGACAGCAUGUGUGUGUGUGUGUGUGUGUGUGUGUGUGUGUGUGUACAGGAUGAUUAUCUGUUGACUAAGGGUCCUGGGCCCCACAUACUGAUGGCCGGCCCUGCUUCCUGAGACUAGUUCUGGUUAUUCCUUUCAUCUCAUGGUCAUUUGCACAUGGGCAGCAUGGGGACUGCUGGGGCCAAGCCUUUUCUCUUUCUCUCUAGCUUCCCCGCUCUGGCCAACAAGGUCUUGGCUCCUAACACUCUGCCUCUCAACCCUCCCCUCUGCAGCCCUGAGAACUCCUUACCAUCUCUACCUGUUCCCCCCUCCCCCUGACAUUCCGGGGCUAACAUGUAUAGUGGGGAAGACUGCACUGCACAAAUCCAGACGGAGCCAUUCACACUAUGACAUGAGGGGUGCCUCCCCGGCACCUGCACAGCCUGCUGUGCACAGCUGCCCGGCUCAUCUCAUGGCCGUGGAUUGAACAGCUGCCCUCUUCACUGCACCCCAGGCCCCCCUCCCCCGUCCCCGCAGCCGAGGCAGGGAUUCCUUCCUCUGCUUGGGUGUUCUCGUCUAGCCCAGAAGUUAUUUACCCUUGGCCUCGGUCAGGAAGCACCUCCCUGAUGGGCCAUCCCUCAGAGGCCUUUGGGAUUCAAUUCAUGAAAGUGAAAUAUGGCUGGCAACAUUUCAGUGACUCGUCUGCGUCUGCGUCUGCGAGGCAAACCGAAGCUCGCAGACUGGAGUCACUGACUCCCACACUCCUGGCCUUCCUGGGCCAGCUGUUCAGGUGGGUCUGCCGUGGAAUUGGGUAAAGGCCUCGGGGCUAGACUUACAACUGCCGCUCAAUAGGAAAUCAGGACAUCACCACAGACGGGAUGCCUGGGCCAGGCCCCAAAGCCGACGCCUCCAAGGGCCCGGCAGGACACGAAAGUGAGCAAAGAGGGCUGGGCAGGGUCUUUGGUGAAACGGAGAAGACGUACUCUGGUUGACAUGGUUGCUGCCGUGUGGGCUGGUGUUGCCGGAUAGUUUGCCCCAUUUUUCAAGAAGAGCUACAAAUCUGGACUUUUAGAUGUUGGCAACUAUUUUGAGUUUAGAAAACAGUGUGCAGCCAAAUAAAACAGGCCUUGGAAAGCUGGCCCUUCAGUCUCUAAUUAGCAACCUCUGGCUCAGGCCCAGCGCAUUGGUUUUUUCAGAACCGAAUAACGGAGUGUAAGGAUAUUACACUCAGACUCACGGAGUUUGGGACCUUUCAGAGACCUAGUGCAUCCCUGUGUGUUUGAAACUGUGUACAUAUAAACUUCUUUACUAACGUAAUGACAUACGUAGAAUUAGCUUCUAGUUUUCUACUUAAAAGCAUCUCAGCACCCCCAACUCAGAGCAGGAUUUAAAACGAAGACUCUGUAUGUGGUGUGUGUGUAUCUACCUGUCAGCAGCCCCAUUUUGUGCCAUUUGCUUCAUGGUAGCUCUACCUCCAUCUUUUGCAAACGUGAGCUGCCCUGGUCUUCCUUCUAACCUAACCUCCCUGUGUCGCUCCUUAUGGCCAACCUCCUAAGUGCCUCCUUAAACAGUCGGAGCACAUGCUUCCUCAUCCGUGGGCUUUCCCUUGCCCGGGGCUAGAUAAGACUGCUCCUCCCUUCCCAGCUUUGCCCUCCCUUGGCCCACUGUGGCCGUCCCCAGCACCCAGCUCUGUCUGGCUCCGCCGCAUUUACCUGGCCACAUGAUAAAGGGUGCUAUGUGCUUUCAGUGUGGAUCCCUCUCCCUCCUCAUGCUUGUCCUAGACCUUAAUUUUACAACAUGGGCUUCUGCUUCUUAAAAGCCAUUCAAAUAAAUAGAAGACAUUUAAAAGAA